AAUUAAACAAAAUCUCAUUUUCUUGCCAAAAUGUUGUAUAAGAACCUCCUCCUUGCCUCUCUCAGCGGCCUUGCCGCAGCUGUACCCACCGACACCAAGAUCGUCAGCAACCCGUCUUUCCAGGUCAUUUCUCUACGUUCUGGCGGCGACAUACACUUUUCCAAGGUCACUGCCGCCAACAGCAGCCUCUUCCUCGGCCUCCCCGACCAAGGCGCCUCGUGCGAUAGGGGAGAGAAGCCAGAUGCAGCCACUUUUUACCUGAAGAACGGCGAACUUUACCUCUACAAGACGGACAACCCGCCCCAACAGGUCUAUGCUGACCGUUCUGGAAUGGGUCAAGGCCGUGUUGGCUACACCACUGGCGCUCAGUCGCCCCCUCGGAAUGCCGAACUCACGGGUUGGGAGAUCGAUAGCGACGGGAAUCUCACGCUUGAGGGCGCCAGCCUGAAGGCUUGCCUCGGCGCCAACGAUGCUUGGGUUGUUUGGGUUUCAGUCGGCUCCACGAAUCCCAACGGAUAUGACGAGUGCUUAGGCUUUACUGCCCGCACCGGAAACAUCAAAGAUCCCGUCAGCUGCCUCUAUACCCAGCAGAGCUAAGGAGGAAGUUAUUUACGCAUUUAAUAGCAUAUCUUCUAAAGAAUACAGUCAAAUUUACGUGUAGCGUUAGUAUGGUGUACUCUAGUUCAUGUGAGAAGGCCCUUGUGCCUGGUCACCCGACUUUCAGCAUCAUCUUCCCAGACCAUGUCCCUACUUAGUUAC